AUCAGGAGACGCUUGCAGUCCGUCCUCAUUGGCUCAAGGGUGAAGGAGCUGUUCUUAUAAAGCGAGGCUCCUCUCGCUGCCGCCUCGCUGGAGACUGACUCUGGAGGACUUUUGUGCUCGUCGACGGGUUGCCACGGAGCCUGAAGACUGAGACGACCCUAAACUGGACCACCUGUGGACACUCCUGAAGGAGCACGUUCAACAACACUCGAGGCUCGAGGCACCAUGUGGCUGUUGGAGAAGCUGCGCAGCUCCAUGGAGAGUAAGGGGACACACCCUCAGCCCCUGCAGACCACCGAGGCCAUUCCUGUUUCUGUGUACGCUAACGUGCUCACGCCGCAAAAGAUUCCCGAUUUCUUCAUCCCCCCCAAACUUAUCUGCUGCCCGCCAGAGUCGGAAAGCCCCGAGCUUCAGGGCCGCUUGCGACCGUCCGCCUCCGACCACACCAUCUGCAUCCAGAGCCCCAGACCUCGCAGCGGCAAAAACCCCUGCAGCCCUCGCCUCUUUUCCCGCACGGGAGGGGACACGCGCAACCUCCAGAAGUCCGCAAACCGUCACAUCAUCCAGAUAGAAAGCGCGGACGAGCCGGCCACGGGCGCUUCGGACAGCCUCAACACCAACGCGGACCCCCAGUCGCAGACCGCCAUGUCUCUGCCUUACGUGCCCAAGGCUCAGACCUCCUAUGGCUUUUCCACCCUGGUGGAGUCUCCCCAUACCCGUCGCAAGGAGAGUCUCUUCCACAGCCACCCGGGUAGUCCUCUUACCUCCCCAAACUCCCAGAGGCGCUCGCAGACGGGGACUCAUCUGACGCCGGCGGACACCAACCUCUACCGCUACUUCAGCGGUGGAGAGAGUGACACCUGCUCCUCGGCGGAAUCCUCGCCCUUUAACUCCCCUCUGCUGUCUCGCUCCGCCUCUCUCCUGCGCUCCAUCACCCAGGAGACGCAAGCCAAGGUCUCCCGUGCCAAACGCUCCCUGGGCCGCCACAGCUCCCUCUCCACCGACGAGUGCAGCUCGGCCGACAACAGCCCCAACAUUCAGCGCCGCCGCCCGCGUUGCUCCGCCUCCCCCGCCUCCCCCGCCCUCCGCAGGUGCAGAAGCGGCGGCCUCCGAGGCGCGGCGUCCGGCCCCCUGCAGCGCGAGCACACCGUCAACCUGCACAAGGGCGGCACGCUCAGGCUCAGCACGCACUACGACCCGGAGGCGGCCCGGCUGAGGGUGCGGGUGCUGGCGGCGGAGGCCAUCUACGACCGGAAGACCGACCUCAAGAGCAUCAACUGCUGCGUGGCGCUCUAUCUGAAACCCGGCAAGAAGCAGAAGCAGCGGAGCACCAUCAUCAAGAACAGCAGGAAUCCCGUCUUCAACGAGGACUUCUUCUUUGACGCGCUGCCUCAGGCGCAGGUGAAGAGUCUGGCCAUGAAGAUCAAGGUGGUGAACAAGGGCACCAGUCUGAAGAGGAACGUGCUGCUGGGAGAGAGACAAGUGCUGCUCAGUGAGCUUCUGGCAGGCCUUUAGGGGAAGACUUUUGCCGCUCAAAAACAUCCUUAGAGCCUUUUCUUCGUUCCGCGCCACGUUUGUGAUGAGGAGCUGCUAGGUGGGGGUCAUCCUGGGAGACUCGCAUCUUGCAACGCAGGAGCAGCACACUUCUCAAGUUAACAUUUGUAAGGUUUCAAUAUAGUGGAAUUGUGUAGUACAAAACUCCAAAAGCAGUGAAGUUGUCACGUUGUGUAAAUGGUAAAUAAAAAGAGAACACAACAAAUCCUUUUCAACUUAUAUUCAAUUGAAUAGACUGCAAAGACAAGAUAUUUCAUGUUCACACUGAGAAACUUUGUUCUUUUUCAAAUAAUCAUGAACUUAGAAUUGAAUGGCAGCAACACAUUGCAAAAAAAGGCAUUUUUACCAGUGUGUUACAUGGCCUUUCCUUUUAACAACACUCAGUAAAGGUUUGGGAACUGAGGAGACACAUUUUUGAUUUAAAUUAUUUCCCAUUCUUGCUUGAUGUACAGCUUAAGUUGUUCAACAGUCUCCCUUCUCAUAUUUUAGCCUUCAUUUUUUCAAUGUGAGACAGGUCUGGACUACAGGCAGGCCAGUCUAGUACCCGCACUCUUUUACUACAAAGCCACGCUGUUGUAACACGUGGCUUGGCAUUGUCUUGCUGAAAUAAGCAGGGGCGUCCGUUUCCAUAUGAGUUGGGAAAUUGUGUUGGAUGUAAAUACAAACGGAAUACAAUGACUUGCAAAUCCUUUUCCAGCCAUAUUCAAUUGAAUGCACUACAAAGACAACAUAUUUGAUGU